AUGGAGUCCAAAUCACAUUUCACCAAGUUCUCCAAUAAAGAAUCAUUGGUGAUCUUUGCUACGUCGUUGUUCCUCGUCGGGUUGAUAUUUGUGAGGAUAGAGGUUGUACAUAGGAAGGCAGAGGUGAUGGAAGCAAAACUUGAAAAGCGAAUUCAGCGAAUCGAAGACCAAAUGCAAAUGAAAGUACAGACUAUUGUGAAGGAGAUGCUACUGACAGAGGGAAAAACUAUGACAGGACAUUCAAGAGUUUAUGCAAGCAUGGGUAAGUUCAGAACCACUGUUUUUGAAUACACAGGACGUAGCACAAGCACUCAACGGCACUUACGAUCAGGAUUGACCGCCUGACACUACCGUUAUGAUCUCUAUUAUGUCUGCAAAUAUACUUAUGCGUGCAAAAGAUCACUUUAUACCAUCUACUAACUAUCAUGGAGAAUUGUUUCUUGUUGACGAGGAGAAAAAUCACUCAUCCUUUAAAAUAUUGUCAACGGUAGCGUUUUCAUGCAUGAGGUUUAAGUGCAGUGGUUUGUCCAAUGUACCAGCUUCAGCUGGGUUAGUAUGAAUUUUAAAUAAAAGUUUUUUUUACCGAAAUGGGCAUUAGAGGUCGCGUGAAAUCUGACGCUCAGAAGAUGAAUUCCUGUUUUUUUUUUUUAAACAGAUUUUCAAGAAACCGUAGAAAGCUUUCCAGGUCAGCAUCCACGAGAAAGACGAAAUAUAGCCCCGACAGCUGGUGCUUUAUCUUUGCGGCAAAUUCGCCAGGAAAUCGACAAGAAAUUCACACAAGUGUGCAGCGCAGCUGAUAAGCUCUGUCAAACAGGUCAACAGGGACCUAAGGGAGAAAAAGGUGCCCUUGGAUACCCUGGAUACAAGGGAGAGAAAGGAGCUCCUGGGAAGAGCGGCCCUCGUGGUCCUAAAGGCCUCACGGGAACUCAAGGAAUCAGGGGAAAACAAGGGCCUACAGGGUCGCAGGGAUCCAAGGGAGAGAAAGGUGAAGAAGGAGCUGUUGGUUCUCGUGGAGCAAAAGGAGACACUGGACGUAUAGGCCCACCAGGAGAAGGAUCUAUUGGACUGAAAGGGAACAAAGGAAACAGGGGCUUUACUGGUAUUCAAGGACCAAAAGGCGAAUGUGUUGUUCCUCCCAAAAUAUUUGUUUCUCCGGAAUCUCAGUAUGUGUUUCUAAACAAGUCGGCAACUUUUUAUUGUUGGGUUCAAGGUGAAUCGUUUAAGAAAAUAACUUGGCGUAAGUUGGAAGGUAACGUGCUCCGUGAACUACGUUCAUCAAAUGGUAUUCUUCAUAUCAAUAAUGUCCAGAGGUCACACAUUGGAUCAUACUUAUGUACAGUCUUCACUAACUAUGGAGUAUUCCGAGCAGUGGCCAUUUUAGGAAUAAAAGGUACGGCACGUCAUAAUAGUUAUUUUUAUUCUUUUUUUGUUCUGUUUCUUUUUCUGCUCGCAUGGCUCUAUUGCAGUUUCGUUAUUGCGUUUUGGUAACCUGUUGUUGUAAAUAGAGACAAAGUUUUGCGUUCCUUUUUUUCACAUGAACGCGUAAUUUAAUUUUGUGUAAUACACAAUUCCAAGAAAUAGUGACUUCCUGUUUAAGACCAAGGGGCUUCCACCAGCUAUAAACUAUUUCAGCUGACGUUUGUGAUACUUAUUUGAUAAUUUUUUAAUUAUUUCAGUAUCUCCAAGCUUAUAUAUAUCGUUAUCAUAUGUCAUAAUGUUCAGCGGCAGGUUGUCAUUAUUUGCAUAAUUAAACAAUAGUCUCACCUAGCUGUUUUCCCAUAGUAGUUUCUUUAUUUCAUGCCGGGUCAGUAGCAGGGGCAUAGCUACCUGUACGCACGGUACGCACGUACGUAUCUGAAAAAGUCGUGUACUAAAGAGAUAUAUAAUGAUUAAAUAAUAAUAAAAUAAAAAGUUAAUUCUAAAAAGAAAGCAAAAUAUCUAAAGAUAAUUAUUUUAAGAGCACAGUUUGCCUUAAUUCAUUCAACUCAGGUUGUUUCUUUGAAAUGUAUAUUUUUUCUACAACAACGGACUUUUUUUCCCUCUCCACUAAAUGUCGGUUUCCCUAGAAACGAAGUAAAUCAUUCAGUAAUGGACCGAAUCUUGGAUAGCAUACACGUAUAUAUCUAGUGAAGAGCUGGCAGGCAUUUUUACUCAAACCGUUUCCUAACCGUUUAUGCACAUCGAUAAAUCCUGGGAACAACGACGAAGGCGACGGCAAUGAGCCCAGUAAGUAAAUGAAAAAAACAACAAAUAUUGCACGUCUAGCGCGCUUUUGGUGCAAAGUGAUUUGGCGAAUUCUGCGUACCUCUGAAAAAAUCCUGGCUAUGCUUCCGCAGUAGAACGCCUGAAACUUCACUCCAGAAACCAAUUUUAAAGUUUUCACCCGUUUGAGCUCAAAGUUUGCAGAAUAGUAGAACUUUGAUGUUUUGUAUAUAGUUUUAAGUUUUAGGGAAGAUGAUUAAUUUACAAAAUUAUGUAAUAGAUUAGUGCCAGUAAAGUAGGAAAGUGUCCUCAAUUAGAUAACUGUUAAGCUAAAUAUAUUGACACUAAAAUGAAGUUAUUAUUAUUAUAAUUGUUUUUUUUUUUUGCUUUAUGACGGGAAAAUUACGUGAAAAAAUUGACAGAAAAAUUCAAAUUUCAACUAAUUAAAAUAAAUUUGUUAGGACCACGACGCGACCAACUGAAAUGAGAUAAAAAAAAAUUGAAAAAGUCGAUUGUUUAUGAAGUUAUUCAGCUUUGAUUCUUUAAUUUCCCGCCAUUUUGUUACUUUUUUUAGGAACAUAUUAAGUACAUCUCCUUCGGAUCACAUGAGUAAAUUUUAACGCGACUUGCACGGUCGAGAGAAAAUUUGGUAUUAUUUGGAAACCUGGAUUUACGGACCUCUUAUAUCCAUUCUUAGAAAGGGAAAGAAAAAUUUGUACCUGACUUCGUUGUCUUUUAUUGAUGGUAAAGAAAUGUGUUAAAGGUGUAAUGCACAUACAGACUUGUAUUUUCGCUUUUUGUUUUUGAAGAAGUUCCCUUCGCCACUCGAUUGCCAAUGCUAAGAUAUAUCGAUCUUAUUAAUAAACUAAAACAUGCUUGAAAUCCAGUUUUGACUUUUUGAAAAUAGAGAGCUAGGAGUGGGCUGCUAAUCGCGUCAACGAUUGAUCUAAUUGAAGGCUUAAAUUUACCUACAGCAUCUCCGAUAAUAACAAGAAAGCCUCCGCCUUACGUAUAUGUGGAUGGAGGAUCCACCGUGAAGCUCUGUUGUGAGGCAGACGGUCAUUUGGUGUGGUCACGAUUAGGAACAGCUCUUGCCUCGCCUCCUUUUUUUCAGCAAGGUGGAUGUAUCACCAUAAUCAACCUGAACAGAGAAAACGCCGGAAAAUACAUUUGCCGUGCAACCAAUCAGUUUGGAAUAUCGGAGGCAACUUCUCAAGUAAUUUUGACAGGUGAUCAUCUCUAUUCAGUGUUAUUCUCGUAAAACGUUAUUUUUUGUUUCGUUUACACACUGUCUGGUGUCUGUAAGUAUCAUAUAACGGUGGCAAAUAUUUCUGCAUAUGACAAAACACAAUGUAUGGUUAAGAGAGUGUUGUUUUAAGGUGGCUCGACCCGGUUUUUUAGUACAACAGCUACUCUCUUUGAACACGAAAUGCAAAGGUGCCUCAAAGAUAAUAAAUCUCUGGUUGAAUGUUAUUGCCGCAACAACGAAACGUUUCAUAAACAAAGCUUUUCUCUUUUCUUCAAGGGCUGUCAUUUACACUGACUGCAUCGGAAGUAAACUUAGUUUUCAGCCAUCUCGCGUAUGAAAAUAUAAGAAAAAGCUUCACCCUAUUACCAAUAGUGUAAACUAAUAAAAAAUUAUUGUACAUUUUGUGGCACAGAUUGCUGCAUGCACAAUUCAAAGUUGGCAUAGUGAAAGUAUUCAAUGAAUUUAAACACCGUUUGCCUUCAUUUUCAGUUAUGUUGUAUUUUGCUUGAAAUUAAAAUUUCGUGGGAUUGAAUGAUAAUCAGAUGUGCAACAUAUUGAAUUAAUUAUAACUUUAGAGUAAUAUAAUUGUCACUGAGAAACCAAGUCGAGCCACUUAAGGGUGUUAGCCUGCGGGCAAACUCUCAACCGCUGGCGCGUAACUUCCUACCAUAUCUUCCAAAUGGAGAGAUUGCUAACUGACUAUAAGUCAGAGUGAUUUUAUCAUACUCUUUAGUCAAGAUUCCUUUAUCAUUGCCUUGCCAAGCCACAUUAGAUAUUAAUGUGUUUUUAUGCUGCCAACCCAUGAGGUUAUAACCGUCUUUAGGGGGUGAUAAUCCCCCCAAGUUAAGGGUAGUGAGUGAGAACCCGGGAUAUUGUCUUGAUCCUUACUCACUAUUUGUGCAUGAAAGAGAACUUUUUGGGCACAUUAAAGAAAACUACAGAAACUAA